UUCUUCGUCCUUCCCCACGCGGGCCAUGUUCGCCCUUCGUCGCGGGUGGGGGCGUGCGCUCGUGCUUCAGAGCCGAAGCUGCGCCGCCGCGUCCAUGGCCGCCGCGGCCACCGCCGCCUCGCCCAAGAGACCUAGGGUUCCGGCGUUCUCCACAGAGACCCCAAACCCUAACCCUAGGAGGGUCGGCACCCACAACGGCACCUUCCACUGCGACGAGGCCCUCGGUUGCUUCAUGAUCCGCCUCACCGCCAACUUCUCCGGCGCCGAGAUCGUGCGAACGCGGGACGCCGAGAUGCUAAACACGCUGGAUGCAGUGCUUGAUGUUGGGGGUGUGUAUGAUCCAAGCCGAGAUCGUUACGAUCACCACCAGAAAGGCUUCACUGAGGUCUUUGGCCAUGGUUUCAACACUAAACUUAGCAGUGCCGGCCUGGUGUAUAAGCAUUACGGAAAGGAGAUUAUUGCCAAGGAGCUUGAGCGUGGUGAGGACCACCAAGAUGUGCAGCGCUUAUACAUUGCUGUCUAUAAAAGCUUUAUUGAGGCAAUCGAUGCCAUUGAUAAUGGGAUCAGUCAAUAUGACACAGAUCAGCCCCCAAAAUACAUAAACAACACCGAUUUAUCUUCACGAGUCGAACGUCUUAAUUUGGACUGGACGGAUCCGGAUCAGUCACCUGAGAAAGAAAAUGCAGCUUUUCACCAGGCAAUGCUGCUCACAGGCAGUGAAUUUCUGGGGAGUGUUCGCUUUCAUGUUCAAUCAUGGUUGCCUGCGCGGGUUAUUGUGAUGGAGUGUUUGUCCUCGAGGGGCAAUAUCGAUCCAAGUGCAGAAAUCAUGGUUCUGGAUAGAUUUUGCCCUUGGAAGCUUCAUUUAUUUGAGCUUGAAGAGGAAUUGAAGGUUGAUCCUCCGGUCAAGUAUGUUCUAUACAAAGAUGAGAGGGGAAAUAAUUGGCGCGUGCAAGCGGUGGCGGUAUCUCCUAAUACAUUCGAGAGCCGAAAGCCUCUUCCAUUGCCUUGGAGAGGCCUGAGAGAUGAUGAGCUCUCAAAGGAGUCGGGUAUACCCGAUUGCAUUUUCAUUCAUAUGAGCGGAUUCAUUGGUGGAAAUCGAACUUACGAAGGCGCCUUGGCUAUGGCAAGAGCUGCUCUCAAAUUGUGAUUCACAAGCAACGCAAGCGACUUAAAAUCUUUUCUGCAAAUGAGUAAAUGCCACUCGAUUACCUGUUAUACUAUUGUUGUUUCUUAAACAGUGUAUGUAGCUGCUGCACUGAAUCUUUAAGCACUGGUUGGCAUUUUGUCCUGCCAGUGCUCAUUUUAGCCUUGAUUAUGGCUUGUUUGGCCCAAUUUUGGUGCACUUUGGCGCUCACAGCGUCUAGUGAGCAUCUGGGAGCUGAUUGGAAUUUCUGCAGAAUGCAGAAGUAAAAGUAACAUGCAGAGUCAGAAGCGGACCAAUGAUGGCUUCGGUGCGAAGUAUUUUCGGGGCUGUAAGUGAUUCCAGCACAAUCUAUGCCAAACAAGAUUAGGCAGGCUUAAGUACUACAUGCUGGAUCGCUUUUUUUUUUUCAUUUGAGAGUUAAAUCAAUCAUUAGCUGCUGCUGCUACUAUAGGUGUAACAUCGACUCUUGUUUUUAGACCUCAAAUCGCUCGCUUAUACGCGUUAGUUUGUUAUUUAUUUCCCUUUCUACAUGCAUCUUAGAGCUAAUCACUUUCAUUAUU